UUUCUGGAAUCUCGAACAUUUGACAAUGACACUGUCUGCGGUGAUUGCACCAGGCGACAAAACGGUACGGAGUAGAAGAACGUUUAUCCAGGCUGGGUAUGAUGGUGAUAGGCGACUAUCGUGUACGAGAAUCGCAACAACCGUGUCGCUGAUUCAGGUUCAAGUUCCGACCUUUUCACGGCAGCUGCAAUCGCAACCACCGGGCCCAGCAGAGAACAAGCUCCGAAGGAAACACCUGGCAGCAGAUUGAGCUUCGCCAUUGAAAUUUCUUUUCGUACCUAGUUUGUUCACGAAAUAGUCACAUCGUCAAAAUGGAGUUCAAUAUUGACGAUCUUCCUGUUCUCUUCCCAUAUCCUCGUAUCUAUCCAGAGCAAUAUGCCUACAUGGUGGACCUGAAGAAGACCCUCGAUGCCGGCGGGAACUGCGUGCUGGAGAUGCCCUCGGGCACAGGGAAAACCGUCACGCUGUUAUCCCUGAUCGUGGCCUAUCAGCAGUUCUACCCAACACACCGAAAGCUCAUUUACUGCUCCCGGACAAUGUCCGAGAUCGAAAAGGCUCUGGUUGAACUGAGGGCUCUCAUGAAGUUUCGCGCAGAACGGCUCGGAUACGAAGAGGAAUUUAGAGGCCUCGGGCUGACUAGCCGAAAGAAUCUGUGCCUGCAUCCGUCUGUAAAGCGUGAAAAGAGUGGGACGAUCGUCGACGCACGCUGCCGCAGUCUAACGGCUGGCUUCAUCAAGGAAAAGAAGGAGAAGGGUGAAGAUGUGGAAGUCUGCGUCUACCACGACAACCUCGACCUUCUUGAACCUCACAAUCUGAUCCCUAAUGGCGUCUGGACUUUCGACGGCAUUUUGCGAUAUGGCGAACAACACAAGCAGUGCCCAUAUUUCACCGCCCGUCGGAUGAUGCAAUAUUGCAACGUCAUUAUCUACUCGUACCACUAUCUUCUGGAUCCCAAGAUCGCGGAGCGUGUCUCCAAGGAUCUGCCUAAGGACAGCAUCGUUGUAUUUGACGAAGCUCACAAUAUUGACAAUGUCUGCAUUGAAGCCCUGAGCACGGAUAUCACAGAGGAUUCAUUGAGAAGGGCCACAAGGGGAGCCCAAAACCUCGAGAACAGAAUCAACGAGAUGCGCGAUUCGGACCAACAAAAGCUACAGGACGAGUACGAGAAGCUCGUUGAGGGUCUCAGGGGCGCCGACGAGGGCCGCCAGGAAGAUGCAUUUAUGGCAAACCCUACUCUUCCGGAUGACCUACUAAAGGAAGCUGUCCCAGGCAACAUCAGGAGAGCAGAACACUUUGUCACGUUCCUCAGGAGGUUCAUCGAGUAUCUCAAGACAAGGAUGAAAGUGCGGCAGGUGAUAUCCGAAACUCCACCUUCGUUCCUAGCCCACCUCAAGGAAUACACUUUCAUCGAGAAGAAGCCCCUAAGAUUCUGUGCCGAGCGGUUAACGUCGUUGGUGAGGACCCUUGAGCUUACCAAUAUUGAGGAUUACCAGCCGCUACAAGAGGUCGCCACCUUUGCAACCCUUGUAGCCACAUACGAGAAGGGAUUUCUUUUGAUUCUUGAGCCAUACGAGUCGGACACGGCCGAGGUGCCGAACCCAGUUUUGCACUUUACCUGCUUAGAUGCCGCCAUUGCUAUCAAGCCUGUCUUUGACCGGUUCAGCUCUGUCGUCAUCACGUCUGGAACCAUCUCACCGCUGGAGAUGUACCCAAAAAUGCUUGACUUCACAACGGUCAUCCAGGAGUCGUAUAGCAUGACGCUGGCAAGGAGGUCCUUCUUGCCGAUGAUUGUAACGCGGGGAAGCGACCAGGCUUCGAUAUCUACAAGCUUCCAGGUCCGCAACGAGCCUAGCGUGGUCAGGAAUUACGGCAACCUCUUGACAGAGUUCGCCAAGAUUACCCCGGACGGAAUGGUAGUGUUCUUCCCCUCGUACCUCUACAUGGAGUCCAUCAUCAGCAUGUGGCAAGGCAUGGGCAUCCUCGACGAGGUGUGGAAAUACAAGCUUAUCCUUGUCGAGACGCCCGAUGCGCAAGAAACGUCUCUCGCACUCGAGACAUACCGAACAGCAUGCUGUAAUGGACGCGGUGCCGUUCUGCUCUGCGUCGCGCGCGGCAAGGUAUCAGAGGGCAUCGACUUUGACCACCAGUAUGGGCGCACCGUGCUCUGCAUCGGCGUGCCUUUCCAGUACACAGAGUCGCGCAUCCUCAAGGCGCGCCUCGAAUUUCUGCGCGAGAAGUACCGUAUCCGUGAGAACGAUUUCCUCUCGUUCGACGCUAUGCGCCACGCCGCCCAGUGCCUAGGCCGCGUUCUUCGCGGCAAAGAUGACUACGGCUUGAUGGUGCUCGCGGACCGGCGCUUCCAGAAGAAGCGUGCCCAGUUGCCAAAGUGGAUUAAUCAGGCCCUGCUCGACGUUGACUCCAAUCUUAGCACCGACAUGGCCGUUAGCAGCGCCCGCCGCUUCCUCAGGAGCAUGGCCCAACCGUUUCGGGCUAAGGACCAGGAGGGCAUCAGCACCUGGAGCAUAGAGGACCUGAGGCAACACCAGGAGAAGAUGGAUGAAGAGAAGAUUAAGGAACUUACAGAACUCCAGGCGGAACGCGAUAGGGAGCAGCUAAACAUGCAGGCGGUUGCCAAGACUGCGGCUCUCGUUAGACAGGACCAGGAAAGCGACUACGAGAUGGAUGAGGAUGAUGAGGCUGAGUUGAUGGCGUUGGACGGCAACUGAGCACUUGCACUCAUUAUAGCGAACUUCUGUCCACAGGCGUUGGCCCUCUCAAUUCUAGAUGCUCGGACAAGAGCACAGGCUGUGUUUCGCAAAAUCAGAUUCAAUGUUCCGAGACGAAAAUGUUUGAUCGCUUCCAUCAGGUAAUUGGUAGAGCGUAGGCACUGAGGUCUGGUUCUUCCGGGAGAAGGGGGGGGGGGUUUAUACUGGUGCGAAGCAGUGAGGCCGGGGGUUGGACUUUCCUCCGUUUGUGGGCAUUCAGUCGGAAGACAGCAAGAGCAAGGGAAAAGCAGCGUACCGAUCAGCGUGCCAUGCGCAGGCUGAUUCCCCGACCCGGCCAAAAGAGUCGUCUGUCUUCGUGGACACUGCUGUCCUAUCUCUUGAUCGUCCCAAAGUUACCUUCAAGUUCUCCAACCACCUAAUGUAAUGCAGUACAGUGUGUUGCGCAUGCUCAAACCCGGUAGCAGGUGCUGUUCCCAAGGGUAUCUC